CAAUGUUUCGUGGUAUCAUUAGCGGACAGCGUAGCCUGCGAAUAUGCAGACUCGUCUUGUUAUACGCUUUUCGCAUAGCCAUAUGGCAUAAUACCCGUGUUCGCAUGGCGCGGGUCAUACAUACUUGCUAUGAUUCACACGUUUUGUUCGUUACAUGCCAUCCGUGGUCAAAGGAGAACGAGCGGAUGCAGGACGCUCUGGAGUCCGCCGCCACCACGGUGUUCGACCAGGAAACGGUCCAGAAUGACGGAGACGGAAGUGGAGGAAGGUCUGCUCAAGGCGGAGGACUCUAUCGCCAGGCAGGCCAUCUGGCUGCGCCGGAACAUUGAAGACAUCGGCCGCCAGGAAAGCAGCUACGAACUCUCCAGUUACGACAAGUGCCGGGGUGCAAAGGAGAAGGUGGACAAUGCUCAUCGGAUGAUGCGGGAACUAAAGGAGCAUCGGAUUGAGGGGCGCAUGCAUUCCAACCAGAUCUUACUCGACAACGUGCACUGGGUCGGCCGGGAAGGUAUCAAGCCGGAUUUCAGCGAAGAGCACCGCAAGUACCUGGCGCGCCUCUGCAAUGACUUCGUGGACAACAUGAUCUCCCUGGUGACGAAAGCUAUUCGGAAUCGAAAGCUCCUGCACGACCGACUCACCGAGGAAUGUCUGCAGCACAUCCGGUUGUGUCAGGACAUGUGCGCGGAGUUCCAUGGACGUACUGAGACGCUGGAGGUGGGCGCGCAUAUUUUUAAUCAUUUCAACAUUUAGAACCUAUCAAUUUGGAGAAUCAUGAGCGAUUUCCCUGCUACUAGUUUACCGAAUUGUGUAAUGUUCUAUCGUAUUCAUAUCUGUAUUAUCCACAUUGAGUAUGUUUGGGUUUUCAAUUAAGGAUCCCCCAACUGUCCAA